GCCGGCCCGUCCAGUGAUGAUCCUGCCUCAGGGCUGCCUGACGUACGAGCGCGAGAAGGUCACACCGCAACCCAAGCAGCAGCACGCCACCGCGGCGCCGACCUCGGUGGUCCAGAAAGCUCGAGGGAACGCCAGCAAGCGCCCGCUGGAGGCCGUGGCGUCCGGCUGCGGCGCCGGCGCCGUGGGCGUGUCUGGCUCCACCGUGCCUCCUCCUCCUCCUCCUCCUCCGGUGAAACGGAAACGCGGCCGACCGAGAAAACCUCGGCCGGAGGACGCGCCGCCUCCCCCGCCUCCUGCCGCUCUGUCCCCGAAACCUCCACCGCCGGCGCCGCCGGGCGCCCACGCUCCCAUCAUCACAUCGCUGAGUGGCGGCGUCAUCCAGAAAGCCUCUUCUUCUUCCUCCUCCUCCUCCUCCUCCUCCUCCUCCUCCGCUGCCUCCUCCUCCCAGCCGGUGCUGGAGCUGGUGAUCCAGGAGCAGCCGGGGCUCCUCCUCAGCCAGCUGCCGGCCGUGUCGGACGCAGGCCACCGGCUGGUGGAGCACCGCGGCGUCGUGGUCCAGUGUCAGCCGGGGCGCGCCGUGGAGCCGGACCGCCACGGCCGGCCGCAGCCGCUGCUGCUGUUCCAGAGUCCCGGGACGCCCCCCGCUGCUGCUGGCUGGACGACAGGACGCACGCCGAUGGUCGAGGUGAUCCAGAAAGCUCCGCGGCCGAGCCACAACAACAACAACAACAACAAUCCUCCUCUUCCUCUUCCUCCUCCUCCUCUUCCUCUUCCUCCUCCUCCUCCUCCUCCUCUCCCUCUGCCCACGCUGCACGAGGACCGCGGCGAGGUGGAGAUCACGCUGACGCCGGUGGAGCUGCACAUCAGCCCGCCUCCCACCUCCUCGGCCUCGCUCUGCUCCGCGGCACUUGCGGUGAAGAGCGAAGAAGAGGAGGUGGGAGUGACCUCCCAGAGAGAGAGAGAGGAACACUAGCUUCUCCUUCGCUUCACCUCCCUACCUGGCUACAUCUACAUCUACACUCGCUAACGCUAAACGCCAGGGCUGCUCCCUCUUAUGGCGGUUACACACCGAAAGAGACGAGACGUAAUGCGUCUCCAUAGCAGCAGGCGGCGCUCAAAAAUUUUAAACGGCAGCUGA